AUGGUAUUGCCAAGGUUUAUCGUGCUCAAAUCCCCGGCUGCCAAAGCAUACCUUAGCUUCAAAAAAGAGGAUGAUCUUUACAGCGGGUACGCUGAGUUUUCAGAACCUCUGGUUGUUAGCCCGGAUGCAAAAUUCGAAGUGGAAUCGGCUAAAGGUGGACUUGUGCACAUAAGGAGCUGUGCUACCAACAAUUACUUGGAGCGAACGCAAGACGAUUCCAUCUCCGGGAAGCCGGACGAGCAGUACUGGAUCACCGUAACCGCGGAGAAGAAGGAAGAAGACCAAUCCAAGGAGUGGUGCACGUUGUUCAAGCCGAUGGAGGAAGACGCCGUUAAGAAAACGUAUCGAUUUGUUCAUGUUCAAUCCGGAUGCUACUUAUGCCUACGCUUGAAGCCUUCAUCGGAUGUUAGUGCAGGCGUGUUGGCCAACAGCACUGAAGUUGACGCCGAUGGCAAUGAUAUCUUCAGAGUUAUUGAUUGGGACUGGUUGGUGAUCCUUCCUAAGUUCGUGGCAUUUAAAGCAAACAAUGAUCAGUACCUGCGCCUUAUUGAGUUCGAAGGUCACCCGUAUUUACAGUUUUCGGGUGAGGAUAUUGGUGAUGUAUCUGCAGCAAUGGAGAUUUCCUAUACUCCGAACGGAACCAUCCGCAUCAAGCCGAUUAAUUCGAAAAAAUAUUGGAGGCGUAGCCCGAACUGGAUUUGGGUCGAUUCCAAUGACACGGUCGGUAACGAUAAGGACACUCUGUUUCGUCCCUUCAAAGUUGAUAGCAAGACAAUUGCUCUUCUCAACUUGGGAAACAAUAUGUUCUGCAGGCGCCUCACAAUCGAGGGAAAGACAAACUGUCUUAAUGCAGCCAUCCCUUCUGUUACCAAAGAGACCUACCUCAAGGUGGAAGAGCCUGUGUUGUCGAGGAAGAUCGAAAAUAUCACGUACCUCACAGAAAAUUCUCGGAUUUAUGACGAAAAAGCCGAAGUCGUGGCCAAGAAUACCGCUAGUAACCAUACAAAAGAAUCCAACACGAUGGACGUGAAGCUUCAGUAUACAGACAUCAAGACUAGUACUUGGGAAGGUCAUGUUUCCCUAAGACUUGAAGCAAAAGCCUCCUUCGAAUUCGGAAUUCCGAUCAUCGCGAACGGGAACAUUGAUAUAACAGCUAGUGCUGAAUCGGGAUUCGUAUGGGGAGAGACAACAACCACCACCACUGUCUUGGAAGUGAUACACAAAGUUACUGUGCCUCCAAUGACGAAGGUGACGGUGAAUAUGGUGAUGACCAAAGGCAAGUGCGAUGUGCCCUUCACGUUCACUCAAAAGGACACUCUUUAUAAUGGGGAAGUUGUGACAACAGAAGUCAAAGGUAACACUUACAAAGGUUCUAAUUACUACAACACAGACUUCAACGUCAAACAAGAACCAGUUACCUCUUGA